AUGCCGCAGUGCCACACUGAGCGGUACCAACUUCCAACACCUCCUACCCCUCCAGCCCCUCCCACCCCUCCCACCACCUUCCAUUUGCUCCUCCGGUCCGUCCCUUUCACCUACCACUCCACCCCAUCCACCCCACCCCUCUCUGCCUUCACCCGCAGCGAUCUGAGCCACAACGACCUGUCCGGCCCUCUUCCAACCAGCAUCAGCAGCAUGACAGACCUCAAGGCCCUCAAUCUGAGUGGCAACGAGUUUACCGGCUCCAUACCUGCUGAGUACUCGAAUCUCGCCAGCCUCCAAGUGCUGUCAGUGCCCCACCAACCCUCUCUCUCGCCCUGUCCUCCCCCCAUGAACCUGCUCUCCUUCCCUCUCUGCUCUCCUUCCCCCUCUGCUCUCCUUCUCCCAUUUUCACAUUCUCACUCCCCCGUGCUCACGGGCCCCCCUCGUCCUCCCCACUCCAGCAAUCCCUUUCCACACUGCACUGCCUCUCCGCUCUUUCUCUCCAUCCCCACUUCCUCAACCUCUGCUGCAACCAGAUCAGCGGCACUCUGCCCACGAUUCAACCUCAACAACAACCAGCUGACAGGCCCCAUACUAGAGCCCAUACCAGCAUCUCUCACCGUCUACAAUCUUGACAACAACUAUUUCUCCUCAGGCUUCUCCUCCCCACCCAACUGCGCGCAAGGCGCCAUCUCCUUCCGCUUCAACUGCCUUGAAACCCCUCCUGACGGCUACUCCUGUCCCACGCCAGCCACGCCCUCUGCUGCGGCUGCAGCGGUGCAGCGGCCGGAGGCACUCUGUGCUGCCUUCUGCGGCGUGAGUGCUGCCGAUCCCCCGUGCGGCGGGCAUGGCUUGUGCUACCUGGAGGGUCCUAGCAGAGUCCCCAAGUGUGACUGCGAGUCUGGGUUUGUCAACGGGGAGCUUCCUGGAAGCUGCGUCGCUGAAGGCACCUCCCACCCAACCCAAGCCAAGGUGAGACGGCGCCCCAGUGGCCGUGCACAUGGUAGCAGCAGCGAAACCUUUUCUGUGCUCAACUACCAACUUAUUUUACAUUGCCUUUCCUUCUCCUUGUUGCUGCCCUCGCCCAUUCUCCCGCCGCCAGGCCCAGGAAGCGGCCCAGUUACCCUGCAGCCAACAGCAGCACAGAUAGCCGUGAAGGGGAGAGCGGCAGUGGCAAGCGACGGCACCGUCACACUCACAGCAGCCUCACAGCCCAACACGUGGGGUGCAGCGUUCCUCCAACUCCCCGUCUUGCUCUUCUCCUUCGCGCUGAAAGCCGGUGCCUGCGGCCGCCCCUUGGCCUUCACCGUCUAUUUCUCCUUCUCCAUUCUCAAACCCGCCGCGUCCAAUGCCGCAGCAGAAGCAGGGGACGGGUUUGCGUUUGUGAUUGCAGCCAGUGACUCUGUAACAGGCGGUAGCAGUGGCAGCAGCGACGGCAGUGGGGGUGGUGGCAGCUUGGGGUAUGCAGGCAUGGAUGAGCGCAGCAUAGCUGUGGAGUUUGACACUUCCAGGAGCACCAACGACCCAGACAGCAACCACGUGGGACUCAGUGUGAGCGGCAAAACCUCUUCCAUCGCAACAGCCAAAGCAGGCCUUACUCUCAACGACGGCAAGCCAAAGCAUGCCUGGAUCGUCUUUGACCCCAGCAGCAGCAGCGGCGGCGGCGGCGUCGGCACGGGCUUGCUGCAAGUGUUUCUCUCAGCCAGCGCGUCUCCGAAGCCAAGCAAGGCAGUGCUGUCGGAGAAAGUGUCACUGUGCCACUACCUCAAGCCCACCGCACAGGGCGUGUCGUUUCACAUGGGCUUCACUGCCUCUGCAUCAGAUUCCCCGCAGCAGCACUCCAUCCUCGCGUGGAACGUCUCCGCAGGCCUCCCAGAACCAACCACUCUUACAGGCCAGCAAUUCGGGUUCCAGUUGAGUGAGGCGUCACUGUCACCAAUGGGGGCCAACCCAUUCUUUCGCUAUGCCAGUGCAGGCGUGCAAGCACUGCAGGCGGCAGGGGGAGCAGGAGUAGCAGGAGGCGCAGGGUUCUCAUUUCCCCCAUCCAGCACCCCCCUCUCGGGACACUGCUGGGCGCACGCAGUCAUGAGAGACAUAGAAAAGCCCUACAGCGUCCUCUUCAACCUCUCUCAUCUCUUCAACCUCACUCAUCUCUUCAACCUCUCUCAUCUCUUCAACCUCUCUCAUCUCUUCAACCUCUCUCAUCUCUUCAACCUCACUCAUCUCUUCAACCUCUCUCAUCUCUUCAGCCUCUCUCAUCUCUUCAACCUCACUCAUCUCUUCAACCUCUCUCAUCUCUUCAACCUCUCUCAUCUCUUCAACCUCUCUCAUCUCUUCAACCUCUCUCCUCUUCAACCUCUCUCAUCUCUUCAACCUCUCUCAUCUCUUCAACCUUUCAAUUCAACCUCCACUCCGCACCCCCUCCCCCAACUUCUGCGCGUAAUUAGCGACUGCUGGGCGUACGCGGUGGUGGGCAGCAUAGAAAUGGCAUACGGCAUUCUCUCCAACCUCUCCGCCGUGCCACUCCUCUCCGUCUCCCAGCUGCGUGAAGCCCUCGGCUCCUCAUGCUCGCAGGGCAACUCGCCCUCCCAGGCCUUCCAGUACCUCGUUACCCUCAACGCCAAGAGCAAAGUCGGGCUCACAUUGGACGGCAGGGCCGGGGCGGUGGCGAACGGCGGGGGCAGGGGCGGGGGUGGGAGCAAGAAGAUUGGAAUCUCAGUGGGGCUCAUGGCGCAUGGGAAGGCUGGGGAGCGGGUGGAAAGGAGGGGGUGGAGUGGGCGGCGCGCGGGGGCAUGGGACCGUGGGGUUCCUUCUCAGGUGCCUUUUAAGGUACCUCUUCAGGUGCCUUUUCAGAGCAAGCCAUCGGGGGGGGCGUUCAGAGUGGACGGGUUUGAGCGCACGGCGUUCCACGGCUGGUUUGGGCUGCUGCUGGCAGUGCAGCGACAGCCCGUGGUGGUGCAUGUGCAGGCCACCGCCCCCUCCUUCCUCAACUACGAUGGGCUAUCCAAGUACGCGGACCCGUCGUGCUUCACGUACAACCUGAACCACGUGGUGCUGCUGGUGGGCUAUCGCCUCACCGGCUUAGACCCCACCUUCCCGCACAUGGCGCCACCCUUCUGGAUCAUCCGCAACUCAUGGGGCCCGGAGUGGGGCGACGGCGGGCACAUGCGGAUGGACAUCCAGGGGGGCGACGGCGUGUGUGGGAUCAACACGCUGCCUGGGAUCUACCCGGUGGUGCGCGCUGCCAAGGACCCCUGCAACGUCAACGGCACCACCAGUGGGCUGUUUGGGCCGCUCUUCAACCCCUGUGGCAACUUCACGUGCACGCCCACGCCUGAUGGGGCCAGCAACCACUGCGACUGCAACGACCCGCGAUUCGUCGAGGCGCUUCAACAGGACAACUCGCGCACCUGUGCUUACAAGGAUGUGUGCGGGGCGGCGGUGCAGAAUCCGUGUGCGGUGGGCACGUGUGUGAAUGAUGGCAAGGGGUCGUACUCGUGUGUUUGCCCUCCGGGCUUCAGGCAGGGCACCACCGUUGAUGGCACCUUCUCCUAUGGUCCAGAACCCCGUGAGUCCCCUUCCUCCCACGCCCACAUCGCUGCCCAUGGGCUCUAUGGGUGUGGUGGGUGCACUGCACUGCUGCUUGCCCAGUUCCUAGUGACUGUGAGACCCACCCACCCACCCACCCACCCACCUCACCUGCCCUAUGCCAUCGCCUCCACUGUCCGGUCCAUCCUCCCCUCACUGAUUCUCUUCCCCUUUCCCCGCCAGGAUGUGAGCUGCAGUGAUCCUCUGGCUGUCGGCACGGUGGUGAACGUGGUCCAGCCAGACGACCUCACGCCCUGCUCCGUCUACUACACCACGUCCCCGCCCCACAAACCCCUUCCACUUCUCCCUUUCUCCUUGCCCCCCGUCGUUCCUAUACGACCCUCUUCAUCCAAUCUCCCUACCUACUCCCAACCCUACAUCCGUGCCCUCCUCUUCCCCGUCCCCUGUUCCCCUCCCGCCCUUCCCCCUGUUCCCCUCUCCUCCUUCAUCGCUCUUCCUUCCCUCUCCCUCCCAUCCCCCCAGGGUGACACAUGUGAGUCGCUAGCCUCCUACUUCUCUCUCUACUCCGACGACUGCCCCACUCCCACCGAGCCCUGUGCAGCAGCCUUCCAGGCGCUCAACCCCGGGCUGGACUGCGCCAGCAGCAGCGGGGAGCUGGUGGGCAGCCAGGCGGUGUGUGUGGAGCGGCGGGCGGAGAGUGCAGCGGCGCUGCUCAUCCCGGUGUGCUCGCAGUUCUAUCUGGUGCAGGCUGGGGAGACGUGCGACCAGAUCCGCUCCGUGCCCUCCCCGCCGCUCUCCCCUCUCGAGUUCUUCCGCCUCAACCCCGGCAUCAAGUGCAGCCGCCUCGUGCCCAAGACUGACGUCGGCAGCCUCACAGGCUUCGAGGUCUCCCUCUCUAUCCCUCUGCUCUCCCUCUGCUCUCCCUCUGCUCUCCCUCUUCUCUCCCUCUGCUCUCCCUCUGCUCUCCCUCUACUCUCCCUCUGCUCUCCCUCUGCUCUCCUCUGCUCUCCUCUGCGCAACCUUCUUCCACACCACCCUCUUUCCAUCAUCUCUCUCUCCCUUGCAUCACCUGCUCCUCUCCUUUCCAUUCUCUUCCAAGGCGCCUUAGAAAGCUUCCAAUGCUCUUUAAAAGCCUUCUGA